AUGGAUAUAUACGCACUAUUCAAGGAUGACUUCGCGUCCAAAGCAAGUCCAAAGACGUAUGCUGCGGCUGUGGCGGCUGUCCGAACGCGGUUCCUGACUCUGGCAAUUGGAUAUAGCAUUUCCUUCGAAACAGACGAGCUGGACAUCUGCGACGGGCAGAGUGCGGAAAUACCGGAAGAUGUGUGGGAGGUCCUUUCGGAGGUCAAGUCUGUGAGAGUGAAAGCAACGCGAUUGCAGAAAGUCGCCCAACUGCCUUCUCCUGAGCCCGCGAACACUCAAGAGAAGCUGUCCUUUUUCGUUGACUACAGAAAUACCUUAGUCAAGUGUUCCGCCGUUACCCCUUCCACGUCUAUCCGAUAUAUUCUUGAAAGCGCUCUAACCGCCCUUGGCCACUCUUGCGCAGAAAAUUGGAAGCUGAUUUUUGAUGCUCGUGUCUUGGAUUUGGACCAAACAAUCGCCGACACUUUGCUUCAGGACGGUGAUCAUCUUGACCUACUCGCAGGGCAAAAAGGAGGGAAGCCCGUCAUCUAUCUGUUCUCCCCCCAAACCCUUGAAGCUUCCGUCAAACUCUCCCUCGUGCCACAAUGGGAUCUAUCAGUGAUUUACCCCGUAGUCUCAAUCAAGCCCAGGACGGUAAACACGAAUGAAGAAGUCGCGUGGAGGGUGCGCGUGCAUCCCAAAGGGGAGAUAACAGAGCUGACGACGGGGUUGGGGGUUGCAUACCUAUUCUGGGAGGCACUAACCAAUCCUAUCGUUUCGCCGCCCUCGUCACCGGUCGAGAGCCAGGUCGAAAUUCUUGAGCCAAACAAUGCAGUUUUGAAUGCCCUGAACCUUCAUUACCAGCGAUCUAGGUACUGGCUCCCGUCGAUUCUGAAGCAUAAGCACAUUGCACUCCGCUUUCUGCCGCAGUCUGCCUAUGAACGCAUCAACGACGAUGCAUUGGACCACUGGUCGGUGGCAAAGGCAAAGGCGAUCGAGGAUGUGAAUUUGUGGAGAAACAUCGUCGGGGUGGAUCUGGAUCGUGCAAAGGACACGUCGCUCUUCCGCGUGCUGGAGUGGAGAGGCAUGGAAGUUCUGCAUUGA